GAUCAUCCACACCCAGAUCAGAAUGAGAGAGAUUGUCGCACCAGGGUGAGCAAUGCCUUGGACUCCGGACACUUAGUGGAUCACUAGACCGGACUUUCCAGCCCACCUCAACCACCCAACCGAGCAGCUCUCGUGUCUCAAAAAUCACCCAGCAUCCUCCCAGCUACUCCCAGCGACCGCCUCCUCUGCGCUCCCUCUCUUCCUGCGCUCGCGCCUGCAGCUGAAAAAUGGGCAGCAGCUUGUCCUCAGAGAGUGCUUUGGUGCUGUGCUCCAGUGGCCGUUGCUCCCACAGCUUCCCCUUGCGCCUCAGCGCGGACGCGGCGCGCGCCUGCAGUGCAGCGGCCAUGGGCGGAGCAUUGAGCUGCCAGGUGGAGGGCUAUACUACAAAGCUCACCAAGGAGGCGGGAGUGGCCUCCCUGCGUUUGCAGCUCCUCUCGCCACGCCCCCGCACGCUGCUGCUGCCCUCCUGUGCGGCGCUCGCACUACGAGCAGCGAAUCAAAUGGGCUUUCUGGCCGGGAUUGGGGCCUUGGUGGCUGCUGAAGAGGAGGGUGGCACCCUGUUGGAGGCAGUCGUCUUCGGGCGGCCCAACGAAGCCUUUCUGGAGCUGAUGCCGCUGGAGGAAAGCACACUACAGGAGCUCUAUCCCUUGGGCAGCACUGCUGACCUGCGGCUCCUGCGGUCCAUGCGCUUCGAGCACUACGGGGACCACGCCGAGCGUUUACCCGACGGCUCCGCCGAUGGGUCCAGCGCCGGCGGAGACGAGGCCGCCAGCGAAGCGUUGCCGCAACGGUCGGUGAAGGCGGAGUGGCUGGUGGAACGGCUGCUCUCGUUGGCCUCCACCGUGGAGGUGCAAUUCUCGGCGCCCCACGUGGGUGGCGAGGCCUCCUACGAGGAGCAUCUGAAUGCCGAACAGGUGCAAACCUGGCUGGCCUCGGCGGGCUUGCGGGCUGAGCUGCGGUGAAGCUGCGGUGCGGAACCAAAGAGUGGACAAAAGCUCCCGGUUUUGAGUGGACGGCUCAGGGCUGGGAUUUGGAAGACUUCACUGGCGUCAGUUCGGUAACAGAGCUUCAUGCACAUAAUCACAGAAAGACAAAGUCUUGAACCUUUGGGCAUUGGAGGUCCAAAAGCUGCUGGUUGUUUGACCCUGUUAACGCAAGACCUGACAGAGAAAGGACAACAUGGUUCCCAGAGUACAAAUGGACUCGACAACAGUUGUGGAGACAAAUGGACUCGCAUGAGUCAAACCUAAUGGUGCUUUUGCUCGUCCAGGACGUCCACAUGCAGAAAACAUGACUCACGACGUGCACGGUUCAACUUGACGUAGCCAUGGCCCAGUGUUGUAGAAGUCAGGAU